AAUUAUUUUAUCAACUACUAUCGUUUUAAAAACUAUAAACAUGAAAAUAAGGCUGCGGAUUGCACUAAUUUUAAUUUGGCUGUGUAUGAUUACAAUAUCUUCUUCGAAAAAUGAAACCCAGAGCUACAGUUUCACCGUAGAUUAUGCAAACGAUCAAUUUCUGCUCGACGGAAAACCGUUCAGAUAUGUGGCAGGCAGCUUUCACUACUUUAGAACUCCUCGACAAAAUUGGCGUGACAUACUGCGAAAAAUGCGCGUCGCCGGAUUAAAUGCCGUUUCAACCUAUGUCGAGUGGAGCACACACGAGCCCGAACCUAAUCAAUGGGUUUGGUCUGGAGAUGCCGAUAUCGAGGAAUUCAUAAAAAUCGCUGCACAAGAGGGUCUAUUCGUUAUUUUAAGGCCUGGACCUUAUAUAUGCGCUGAACGAGAUUUUGGAGGUUUUCCGUAUUGGUUGCUCAAAGUUGUACCGGAUAUAAAAAUUCGUACCAAAGAUGAAAGAUACAACUUUUACGCUGAAAGAUACAUUCACGAACUUUUCAAAAGGGUAGGACGUUAUCUUCGAGGCUAUGGUGGUCCAAUUAUCAUGGUUCAAGUUGAAAAUGAAUACGGGAGCUUUUAUUCCUGCGACGACGUUUACAAAAAGAAAAUGUUCGAUCUUUUCAAUUACCAUGUAAAAAAUAAUGCUCUCUUAUUUACGACCGAUGGCACAGCCAGAAGAAUGUUACAGUGUGGAACGAUUCCAGGAGUUUACAGUACGAUCGAUUUUGCCGCUGGUUCAAAUUUGAAUUACAGUAUUAAAAUGAUGAGACAGUAUUCGCCCAAGGGACCUUUGGUAAAUUCGGAAUAUUAUACCGGAUGGUUGACCCAUUGGAAUGAAACUUUCCAGAGAACUGAUGCAGAUUACGUAGCAGCAUAUCUCGAUGAGAUGUUGGCGCGAAAUUUUUCGGUCAAUUUUUACAUGUUCAUCGGUGGAACGAACUUUGGUUUUACAUCUGGUGCCAACAUCAAUGAAUUUUACUGGCCUCAAUUAACUUCUUACGAUUACGAUGCCCCGCUCACUGAGGCAGGAGAUCCUACCCCUAAGUAUUUCAAAAUCAGAUCUGUCAUUUCAAAAUACUUACCUUUGCCAAAUGUAGCGAUACCCACCAUCGCACCAAAAGGAAAUUACGGAGUCGUCACGUUGAUACCUGCGCUCGACUUGUUUACCAGCGAAAGUGUCAAUCUUUUUGGAUCCGUCGAAGCCGUAUUCGAGAAACCUCCCUCGUUCGAGGCCCUCGGCUUAUCGAAUUGGUUGGUUCAAUACGAGACCGACGUACCGUUGCUCAGAAAUCCGAAUAAUCUUACGCUCGAAGCCAGAGUCAAAGACAGAGCUUUGGUUUACGCAAACGGAAAAUUAUCGGGUGUUCUCACGAGGAUGACCAACAAAUACGUGAUGAAUUUGCCGAAAGGAACGAAAAAAAUUAGGCUUUUGACGGAGAAUCUGGGUCGCGUCAAUUAUGGCAGUAACGAGCCGGAAGACUUCAAGGGCAUUUCGAACGUAAAGUUAAAUAACGUAACGCUUGGACCGUGGAAAGUCGUUGGUUUUAGACUUUCGUCCUUGAAAAACAACGAUUUCUUACUAACUAAAACGCGCAAGCAGACUGGAAAACUCUUCGACGGACCGCAGUUCCUCGUUGGGUACUUUGACGUCGAGGGUGAGCCUUUGGAUACGUACUUGAACACAGUUGGCUGGGGCAAAGGUGCCGUCUAUGUCAACGGAUACAAUCUUGGAAGGUAUUGGCCGUCGGUCGGGCCUCAGGUCACCCUAUACGUACCGGCAGCUUUUCUAAAAAAAGGCCAAAAUAGCGUGGUGGUAUUGGAGCUCGAGUACGUACCGCAAAAUCGGAUAAUGAAAUUACAAGGGUCGCCGAUUUUGGAUUAUUCGUUGGAGUUGGCCAAGGAUCAUCACAAUAAUAAAGUUUGGGUGAUAUCCUGA